UCUCUUACUAUAUAAACUGGGGAUUGGAGACUAUCAGGUAUCAGUUUGAAAAAGUCCUUUCAACCUUUCAACAUGUACAAGUUUGCGCUCCCGAUCACGUGCUUGGCGAUUGUUAUGUUUGUGAGUGUCCGGUGUGAUGAUGGUGUUAAGAAAGAUAAACUGUCUAGAGAUUGUGGAAAUGCCUAUAGUAUGACGUGCCUCAAGUUAGACAUAGUUUCGUUCGUUGACAAGUUGAAUGAAGAGGAGCAGUUUUCAGUUUUUCCCGGAAUUAGUUUGGUUAAGGAAAACUCAACAUCUCAACCUGAUACUGCCAACAUGGUUUCGGAGUUGGCUAGAGAGUUUCCCACAGACGCUGAAGCAAGACUUGAUGCUUUUCUCAUGAGGAAAAUCGGUGGAUACCUUAGCAGCCACUCCAUAAGACUUAACCUUUGGAACCCAUCUACUUCUGAAGGCGACGUAGCUCAAGGCAGAGGCAAAGACAAGAAGAACGGCAUGGCUUACAUCCUUGCAGCUGCUGCCAUGAUGAAGGGUACCUUGAUGGCAUUGGCAAUGGGAGGUCUUGCAGCCCUUGCUGGUAAAGCGCUUAUGACUGGUAUGAUUUCCUUGUUGCUGUCUGCAAUUAUUGGUUUGAAAUCGUUGACCAGUCAUGGUGGAAAACAGACGACUUAUGAGAUUGUGUCUAAGCCAGUUUAUUCUCAUACAAAUAGUCAUUCAACUGAGGUGGAACAUGGAGGACACUACAGUGGAUAUGGCAGGAGUAUGGAUGUUCCUUUGCCUCUUGGUUUACAAAGGGCUUACACCAGUUCUUGAAGAUUUUCUACCAUUUUGUUGUCCUAUUAUUUAUUAUAUAGUAUUUAUGACUAGUUACCAAUAAAGUACUGAAUAUUC